UCUUUCUGUUUUCAAUUUGGUUAUAAAUAUUUAUCAGUAUGGCUCCUUACCAUUCAUUCCAUGCUCAAUACUAAAUCACAAACACUUGUCAGACAUACUCAUGGGGCAUCUCUCAUUGCUAUUUGGAAUCAUUCUGUGUUUGCUUUUUGAAUUUCCAUCCUUUUCUUUCUCUUCUUCACAUUCCUCAUGUCUUCCCGACCAAAGCUCUGCCUUGCUUCAAUUUAAGGCUUCCUUCACCAUUGGUGCUUCUUUUGCACCUUUACUCUUUGAUGUGCGAGAGACUUAUGCUUAUCUAGAUAAGACAGCAACAUGGGAAAAUGGAACAGAUUGCUGCUCAUGGCUUGGUGUCACGUGUGACCGCGUCUCUGGUCACGUGAUUGGCCUCGACCUCAGCUGUGCAGGGCUUGAAGGUAAAAUCCAUCCCAAUAGUACCCUUUUCCAUCUUACUCAUCUUCAGACACUCAACCUUGCUUUCAAUGAUUUCUACUUUUCGCCUUUAUCAUCCCAGUUUGGUAGUCUUGUGAGUCUCACACACCUCAACUUGAGUGCUUCUCACUUGGAAGGUGAAAUUCCUUCCCAAAUAUCACACCUUUCCAAAUUAGCCUUACUGGAUCUCUCUAGCAGUCAUGGAUUAAAGUGGAAAGAAACCACUUGGAGGAGGCUGGUGAAAAAUGCAACAUCUUUGAGGGAACUUGUUAUGGAUGGAACAAAUAUGUCUUCAAUUAGGCUACUCAAUAUGUCUUCCUCUUUGGUUACUCUUAGUCUUUCAGCAACUGGAUUAAGGGUAAACUUGGCAAGUGACAUUUUUUGUUUACCAAAUCUUCAACACCUAUACUUUUCCCGUAAUCCAGUCUUUCAAGGCCAACUUCCAAAAUUGAGUUGUAGCAGCUCUUCUCUCAGUGUCUUGGAUCUUUCAGCAUGUGAACUCCAAGGUUCGAUCCCUCCCUCUUUAUCUAACCUCUCACACCUUACAUCCUUGACUCUCUCUCACAACAACAUCAAUGGUUCAAUUCCAUCCUCACUUUUAACCCUUCCAUCUCUAACUUCUUUGGAUCUCAGUUCGAAUGAUCUUAGUGGCCAAAUCCCAGAUGUUUUUCCUAAGUCAAACAGAUUUCAAGAAUUACAAUUGAGGGAAAACAAAAUAGGAGGGGUGUUGCCACUAUCACUGUCAAACCUUCACCAUCUCAUUCUCUUGGACCUUUCAUUCAACAAAUUUAGCGGUCAAAUCCCAAAUGUGUUUGGUGGGCUAACCAAAUUGAAAACACUCUACCUUGGAUAUAAUAAUUUCAGAGGACAAAUCCCAUCUUCAUUGUUUGACUUGACUCAACUUUCUUACUUGGACUGUUCUUCUAAUAAACUAGAAGGUCCUCUGCCCAAGAAGAUAACAGGGCUUUCAAACCUAACUGUGUUAAACUUGAAUUACAACUUGCUAAAUGAGACAAUUCCUUCAUGGUGUCUAUCUUUGCCAUCUUUGGAAAGAUUAGGUCUGAAAAAGAAUCAGUUCGCGGGACAUAUAAGUGCAAUCUCAUCAUAUUCAUUAAAGUAUCUAUAUUUGUCCUACAACAAGCUACACGGAAACAUUCCAGAUUCAAUUUUCAACCUUAUGAAUCUAAGAGGCUUAGGUCUAUCAUCAAACAACUUGAGUGGGCACCUCAAUUUCCAACUUUUCUCCAAGCUUCAACACCUAUACUAUCUUUCCCUUUCGGAGAACAGUCAAUUAUCACUCAACUUCAAAUCUGAAGUCAAUUAUAGUUUCUCUAACCUAGAAGUAUUGGAGUUAUCUUCUGUCAGUUUACUUGAAACACAUUCAUUAAAUUUCUUGAGCUACUCUCAAAACUUGUUGACAUCUCUACGUUACCUUGAUCUAAGUUUCAACCAACUAGAAGGUGACAUCUCUACGUCAAUUUGCAAUGCAAGUAUACUUGAGGUUCUCAAAUUAUCUCAUAACAAGUUCACAGGCAGCAUCCCACAGUGCCUUGGACAAUUACCAUACCUUGAAGUUUUAGAUCUGAAAAUGAACAAACUUCAUGGCACUUUGCCGAGUAACUUUUCAAAGGAAAAUGAGCUUAGGUCUCUAAAUUUCAAUGGAAACCAAUUGGAAGGUCCUCUGCCUGAAUCUUUGUCACACUGCACAGAACUGGAGUUUUUGGAUCUUGGAAACAACCAAAUAGAGGAUACAUUUCCCCAUUGGCUUCAAUCUCUGCCAAAUUUGGAAGUACUAGUUUUGCGAGACAAUAAGUUUCACGGUCUCAUUGUUGGUACAAAAACCAAGCAUCCAUUUCCAAGUUUAAUGAUUUUUGACAUCUCAUGCAAUAACUUGAGUGGACCAAUACCAAAAGCCUAUGUCGAGAAUUUUAAAGCCAUGAAGAACAACAUUCGUGAUGAAGAAGAUGGUAGUGUAGAAUACAUGAAAACAUUAUUAAAUAAUGUAUCUGCAUACUUUUCUGAUACUGUGACAGUAACACUAAAAGAGAACACCAUCACUUUCAUGAAAAUUCCAACCAUCUUUGCACAUGUUGAUUUAUCAAAAAACAUGUUCGAUGGAGAGAUUCCAGAUGUUAUUGGACAGCUUCAUGCACUCAAAGGGCUCAACCUUUCUUAUAACAGGCUCAUUGGUCCUAUACCCCGAUCCAUGGGAAACUUGAAAAACUUGGAAUCACUGGAUCUCUCCUCAAAUGUGCUUACUGGUGGGAUUCCUACAGAACUAACCAAUAUGAACUCUCUUGAGGUUCUGAAUCUUGCAUACAAUCAUCUAGUUGGAGAGAUACCUCUAGGAAAGCAGUUCAAUACAUUUUUAAAUGUUUCCUAUGAGGGGAACUUGGGGUUAUGUGGAUUUCCAUUGUCAAAAAAAUGCCACGUGAGCCCAGAACAACAUUCUCCACCUUCACCAAUCUUGUUGAAGGAAGAGAAGUUCGGAUUUGGUUGGAAACCAGUGGCCAUAGGAUAUGGAUGUGGAAUGGUAUUUGGAAUUGGCUUGGGAUGUUCUGCAUUCUCACUUGGAAAGCCUCAAUGGCUUGUGAGGAUGUUCGGUGGUCAGCCAAAUAAGAAGCUGAAAAGGAGGACAAAGAGGAGGACUCAUGGAACAUUGAAUCAAUUGGUGCAGAUGUCAUAACCUUGUAGCAACUAUUUUCUCUUUUACUUUUAUCUAAUAUUCUCAAAAAAAUAAAGGAGCUUUAGAGUUUUUGUCACUCUUUUUUAUGUAAUUUGACUUUGGGUUGUGAGUUUGUAAUAUGAAUGUAAUUUCUAUAAAAUAUAGUAAGAUUACUUUCAUGCA